AAUUACAGUAGCAGCCGAUCUCACACGUGUUGUACAGACAAGAUGGCUAAGCCUAAGAAGGGACACUUAAAGUUAAAGCGUAAAAGAAGUGAAAAAUCUGACGGAACGCAAAAUGAUGGGAUAGGAAGUGAUGGAAAUAUUAAUUCUGUAUCACCCAAACGGAUGAAAGUUUCAGCAGGAUUUCCUACCAUUGAUGGUUAUUCUUCGGAUGCAGACAUAGACACCAGGGCAUUGGUUAAACAACAGAACAGGAAAAAGAAAAAGUCUGGAGGUUUCCAAUCUAUGGGUCUUAGCCAUGCGGUUUUUAAAGGUAUCAUGAAGAAAGGAUAUAAAAUCCCUACACCUAUACAACGAAAAUGCAUACCGAUUAUCAUGGAAGGACAAGAUGUUGUGGGAAUGGCACGAACAGGGAGUGGUAAGACAGCAGCCUUUCUCCUUCCCAUGCUGGAGCGGCUCCAGAGACGAUCAGCCCAGUCUGGUGCUAGAGCCCUGAUCCUGUCACCCACCAGGGAGCUGGCUCUUCAAACACUGAAAUUCACCAAGGAGCUAUCUCGUUACAUGGAUCUGAGGUCAGAGGUCAUCCUUGGAGGUGACCGGAUGGAUGACCAGUUUGCUGCCCUUCAUGAGAACCCUGACAUCCUGAUCGCUACCCCUGGUCGUCUUCUUCACGUCCUGGUUGAGAUGGACCUCAAGCUCAUGCAAGUGGAGUAUGUGGUCUUUGAUGAGGCUGACAGGUUAUUUGAAAUGGGUUUUGCUGAGCAGUUGAAUGAGAUCUUAUCCAGGUUACCAGACAAUCGUCAGACCUUACUCUUCUCAGCCACCCUGCCGAAGAGUCUGGUAGAGUUUGCCAGUGCAGGUCUGAGUGAACCAGUGUUGGUCAGACUAGAUGUAGAAUCGAAGAUUAGUGAUCAGUUAAAGAAUAUGUUUCUAUACACACGGAAUAAUGACAAGACAGCCGUGUUGUUGCACCUUUUACGUUCUGUCAUCCAGCCCAAUCAGUUGACAGUUGUCUUCUUGGCUACAAGGCAUCAUGUUGAAUAUGUCAGGGAGUUGCUAGAUCAGGCAGGCAUCAGCUGCACCUACAUAUACAGUGCCCUGGACCAGGCUGCAAGGAAGAUCAAUGUUGCCAAGUUCACCCACAAGAAGACUCAUAUCCUCCUUGUAACAGACAUUGCUGCCCGAGGUAUUGACAUCCCUAUGCUAGACGUUGUCAUCAACUUCCACUUCCCAGGCAAACCAAAGCUCUUUGUACAUAGAGUCGGUCGUGUGGCCAGAGCAGGAAGGACUGGUACAGCCUACUCUCUUGUAGCUCCUGAUGAAGUCCCAUACCUCAUAGACCUUCAUCUGUUCCUGGGCAAGGAUAUUGCACUCUUCAAGAAGGACGAUAAGAUUUCUGAAGAAGAUAACACCGGGAAGCUUGGUCGAGUUCCUCAGUCGGUGGUCGAUGACGAGGAAAGUCUUCUGAGGAACUAUCACAAGAUGAGCACCGACCUGGCAGGUCUGAAGAGGCCCGCAUCCAAUGCCAUGAAGAAUUUUCUAAGGUCACGACCUUUGCCCUCUUCCGCUAGUGUAAAGAGGUCAAAAGAGAUUGACCCCAUAGAUAUAGCAUAUCACCCCAUGUAUGGAAUUCAAGACAGUGAUCAAGAAAACACGAGAGUGCAGCUUGUUGAUGAGAUCAAGAGCUACAAACCACACUCUACAAUCUUUGAGAUCAACUCCACUGCUAAGAACAUGGCUCAUGGCAUCAUGCAAUCCAAGAGGAAGCUACACAACAAAGUGAUCAAUAGGAAUAUACUGAGACUGGAGGAGAGAAAGAAAGAUGAGCAAGCUAUGAAAAGAGUUGCCAUGGAAACAGAAGAUGAUGAAGAUGCUGAGAAUGCAUUCUCAGUUGUUAUCAGCUCAGCUGGCAAGAAGAAGAAUAAGAAGGAUGGAGCAUCUCAGAGGUCAUUGCCCUUUACACAGAGUGCCGUCAGAGAUGAGAAUGUGUUCAUUUCAUACACAGCACCAGACAAACAGAUAGAACAAGGGUUGAGCAUCGAGAGUAACUUUGAGCAGCAAGCAGCGGGAGCAGUCUUAGAUUUUACACAAGAUGAAUCCAAAGAAAUGAGAAAACAACAACAAAGAAAGAAAUGGGAGAGGAAAAAGAAGAAGUUUGUUGGAGAUGGAGGGAAGGACGGCAAGCAGAAGAAGAUUAUGACGGAGAGUGGAAAAUACAUCUCGGCAUCUUACAAGAAAAACAUAUACAAAGAAUGGUUACAGAAGAGUAAGGCAGAUUCUCGGGAUCACCAUCACUCUGACAGUGAGGGUGAGGAUGGUGAGAGUGUCAGGUCGGGUUUCAACAAAGGAGGCAUCACAGGGAACAGAAUCCGCUAUGGUUCCAAGCGAGGGGGCAAGCACUCAGGCACCAAGAGGAGAGGUCGUCAUGAAGACACCGGCACAGAGAAAGGUCAGGGGUCAAAGGGUCAUCAUGGGGGUGAACUCCGGAGGAAAGAAGAGAUCCUGAAGCAGAGGAAGAUCAAGGGGCGCAAACAGGAGCAGAGUAGACCCAGGGCACAGCGACAAGGGGGGCGUGGUGGUGGUGGUGGUAGAGGUAGGGGGAGGGGUGGAGGUAGGGGCGGAGGUGGUAGGGGUGGAUUCGGGCGUGGCGGUGGUCGGGGAGGUCGUGGCAAAGGCAGGAGGUGACGAUAGACGAUAUUUCGUAGCUUACUUGUCUUCCUUACGGGGUGUUGCAAGAGACUUGAGUUCAAUUGCAUAUCAAGCGGAAGUCCCAAAAUCAAGCGUUGUUAAGCAUUGCAACCAAGUUGAUUUGCUACUGAACGUAAAAAUCAAGUACAAAUUCAUGUUCAAUCAUAAGACUUAUGCUUGAUUUCGUAAUAAAUAUAAGUUUCUUGCAAUGCUCUGUUAGAUAUGCCAUAGAGAGGUCACUGAAAAUAUUAAGUUCCUUUUAAUCAUCAAAUUUACUUUUCUCUUGCAAAAGUCUUUAUUAAGUCGUGUGUAAAGACAAGGUUUAUUCAUAGUGGAUGGUGCCUUUGAAAGGUAACUGAUUUGUCAACUAGAAUGAAAAUGACUACAUAUACUGAUUUAAGAUUUUAGAUUUUAUUUAAAAGGUUACCUUUGUUGAAAAGGAUUGUUCAGAAAUGUCUGAAAUGUUAUAGAAAUAACCAUAGAGUUUUGUGCAAGUAUACUCUUAAAAGUUAUACUCUGAAAGUUAUCCAUGUGUAGAACCAAGUUUAUAUCUCUUAAUUUGGCAUGCAUGCAAAGUUUUGUGUGCUGCUACAUUUAUAUGUGGGAAUUUUUGGAGUUAUUGUCUGUAAUAUUCCAUAGAAUGGACACUUUUUCUUUCUAAGAUUCGAUGAAGAGCUGCCAACCUUUGAAAACACAAAUCAGUACUCAGCACAUGUUGACUCUCCUAACUAUUUCAGAAUCUUAUUUUGUUGUAAAGCAGUGUGAUUUGCUUGCGAUUUGCUAGCGAUUUUAGUUCUUUCAAAAUUAUAUUAAAUAUUGAAUGGACAUGUAUGAAUCUAAGAACAACGCAAGUCCAUGACAAUUCAUUUCAAGAACAUUAAAAUUAAAAAAAAAUUGAUUACAGUGUUUUGACAACAAUUUGAUCAGCUUUUCAUUCAUAUUUGGCACUUCCAGGUGCAAAUCACUCAAGAUAAUCCUUAUGUACAACACAUAUCUGGCGAAGAGAGGGAUUAGGGUUGGUCUUAUAUCUAUAUACUAAAUAAGUACCUAGGACUUUUGCUCCCUGCUAGAAAUUGUGCUGCUAAGCUGCGCUUAAACGAUUUGAUUUGCAAGUUUAUGUCGUUGGCUCCACCAUGUGCAUGAACAGAGUGUGCAUCCUGCAUACACUUCUCCUUUCUUAGACGAUGCAAUGCAACUAUAUUUCUGUGAAAACUCUUCCUUAAAUUUCUGCUUACGAUGCUAUGCAGGUUUUGUCUUCGCUGUUUUAGAUGACAUUUUCUUCAUCAAUGGUCAUUGCACGACUCCCUGAAAUAAACCCAAAAUCCAACGUCACAAUCAAUUCAACCCUUGUGUACUUGUUGCAUAUGAUGUAUAACAUGUGUAUGGAUGUACAAAUGUCUUUUUUGUUGUUUGCUUUUUGGAAUCAUACUGAUUUUUGUAAUAAUUGGCAGCUCUGUCUAUGACAUUGCAGAGACAACAUGAUUUAAAUAGUUGGAUUACAUUCCAAGCACAAGAAUCAAAUAUGGAUCAUUAUGACAGUCAUACACACAAAAAGACACAUCAAACAAAGAAACAAACGGACUAAAACAUGAUGAAUAUAACAAUGAGGUGAAUUGGAGACAAUUUUCAAUAGGGCAUGUUUUCAGUGCGCUUUGUUUAGCAAUUAACAUUUCUAUUUGUCUGAUUUUGCAAAUAAACCCUUCAAAAACUA